AUGGAGAACCCUUCAGUCCUGCUCUAUGGGGCCCUCACAGCCAAGGUAGAGGACAGACCCAUUCCCACAAUCAGUGACCCCCACGAUGUCAUUGUACAAAUCGCAUACACUGGCGUCUGUGGCAGCGAUGUCCACUUCUGGCUCCAUGGCGGCAUCCGGACGUUUGUCUCGGCGUCGGCUCCGUUGGUCAUGGGCCACGAGGCGUGCGGCACCGUACACGCCGUCGGCUCGGGGGUAACCACCCUCCAACCCGGGGAUCGGGUCGCCAUUGAGCCGGGCGUUCCGUGCCGACGGUGUCCGCGUUGCAAGGCCGGGCGAUACAAUCUCUGUUCUGGCAUGGCCUUUGCCGCGGAUUCGAAUUCGCUCACGCACGGGACUCUCACCAAGUAUUUUAAAACUUCGGCGGACUUUUGCUACAAGAUUCCAGAUAAUCUGCAAAUGAAGGAGGGCGUACUAUUGGAGCCUCUGGCCGUUGCCGUUCACGCAGUUCGGCUUGCUGAUGUCAAGCCGGGACAGCGGGUGGUGGUCUUUGGUGCCGGCACCGUAGGGCUCUUUUGCGCUGCUGUGGCCAAGGAGUUUGGGGCAUCAGUAGUGGUGUCCAUCGAUCUGCUACAGAACAAGCUCAAUGUCGCCAAGGAGCUGUUGGGGUCUGAUAUUGGCCGGACCUGGAUGCCAAACACUUCAUCCACGCCCGAGCAAAACGCAGAACAACUCAGAACCGACCAUGGACUGGGAGAUGGCGCAGAUGUUGUGAUUGACGCCACGGGCGCGGAGCCCUCGGUGCAAACAGCCAUGUACGCCCUAUCGCGAGGUGGCACAUAUGUGCAGGCUGGCAUGGGCAAGAGAAAGAUAGAGUUUCCCAUUGCUGAAGUCUGUGAGCGAGAACUAAGCAUCAAGGGUUGUUUUCGCUACGGGCCCGGGGAUUUUGAACUAGCCAUGAGUCUUGUGCAGCGAGGCAGGAUUAACCUUGCAACUCUGAUUACGGGAGAGUUCCCGUUUGAAAAGGCAUCCGAAGCAUGGGAAAGUACCUCGAGAGGCGAGGGUAUCAAGAAUGUAAUCAGAGGUUCGGCUUGA